CACACAAAGAGGGACAGAACAAGGAGGACAGUGACCGGUCACCAUGUUUGACCUCAAGCAGCUGUCCUCAACACUGCAAAUGAAAAGGGUGUCAUGGGUAUGGUUACUAUCAGCAUUGUCUGCAGUGUUCACUGUCUACGUCUCUCUUAUACCGUCACCAAUACGACCAAACUUAUACAUUUAUCCUAAACCUCUGCCUGCUCUGGAAGGAACCCUACAGAAAAACAACCUCCUUCAGAGAGCCAAGAAAUUGUUUGAGGGUCAGCUGCUUGGCCCAGAGUCCAUUACUGCUGGCAAAAAUGGAACACUGUACACAGGAGCACAGGAUGGAAGGAUUUUGGCCUUUAACAACACCCAUAUCUGGACUAUAGCAAGGACAGGCCAGAACGUCCCCGGAUGUGGAUCAUUUGAACUGGAGCCAAUUUGUGGGAGACCUAAAGGGUUAAAGAUGAACAGAGAAGGUGACCUUCUUGUUCUUGAUGCAUACUUUGGUCUGUUGAAGGUCAAUGUCAGCACUGGUCAGAUGGAGAUGCUGCUGUCCAGUGAAACUGGUAUCAAUGGUGAACCAUUCUUCUUCCUUAAUAGCCUCGACAUCUCACAGUCUGGGCUUGUGUACUUUACAGACUCCACCACCAGGUGGGGCCGACGUCACUACAGAUAUGAGGUGAUGGAGGUGAAUGCCCUUGGACGACUCAUUGAAUACAACCCUGAGACAAAGGUAGCCAGACAACUGCUGGGGAAUCUCUAUCUAGCUAACGGCAUUGCGUUGUCGCAGGAUGAAUCAUUCCUGGUCAUUAGCGAGAUGAGUGUAUGUCGCCUGAGCAGGUUAUACCUGAAGGGACCAAAGACAGGACAGAUGGACAUCUUUUCUGACAACUUACCAGGUUACCCUGACAACAUCAAAAUAAACAAUCACGGAAACUUUUACGUUGGUUUGGGAGCUGUAAGAUACGAGGGAGUCAGUAAAAUUGGUCCUUUCCUGGAUCUGGUUGGACCCUAUCCUGGAAUAAAAAACUUCAUAGCUAAGGUGACACCACUGUUUCUGUUUGAUAUAUUUGUUCCAAGACAUGCCAUUGUAUUGGAGAUCAGUCCAGAUGGCAAGAUUAUUCGUAGUCUCCAUGACCCUACAGGGCAGGUUACCUCGGCAGUGGGAGAAGCUUACCAACAUCAAGGCUACCUCUACCUCGCUCACUUCAAAAGUACAUUUAUAGGACAAAUUGAUAUCAGGGAUAUUGAAUAA